AUGGUAGCCUCCAACAUGUUAUGGAAGCUCUCUGUAGUGGUGGCAUUCGGGUUCUCUGCCACGGCUACCUCUACUGAGGUAGCCCAGGAGCAACCCAAGAAGGAAUCGUUCGUAAGCAGAUUCUUCGGUAAGAAGGAAGAACCUACUACCAAGCCUGAAGAAGUGUCCAAAUCAGAUAAUGUAGAGACUCAAGAGGACACUGAGACAGAAGAGCCACCCAAGUACUCUGUUGAAUGGUUUCUCUUACCUAAGCCUGAAAACAGAAAAAUUCUUCGUUACAGAUUGCCGUUGGAGUUGGCCCAAUGCGUUCCAAAAAGCUGUAAUAAAACAAUAUUGCCUGUAGUAGAAAAACGUAUUAGGGAGUUUUUCUCAUUGAGUGAAAAGGAUCAAAGGUCAAGGCGUCUACAUUCAGAUACUUUCACGAUUUAA